AUUCGGGAUCGAAAUCUAAAAAAUAGUUUAAUCAUAACUUGAAUUUCCUCAGGACUUAGGACAAUUAGUGAAUUACAGCUCAAGUUACAAGACAAUUUAUUCUACACCUGAGAGUCGUACCUGCAGUCAGGCUGCACCGCCAUGUGCAUUUGGUAAAGGAGAUUACAGCAGAUAUAUCCCAUCAUACCUGUAAAGAACCGUAUUUCAUAUCAUAGAAAUGGAAACAAUUCCAGAGACAAGUGCUUCCCACAGCAAGGAGCAUGUGCACUUUGCAGCAGAACAGCUGAAGGACCAUAACCUUGAAAUUCAUGUGAAGCAGCAAGAUGGUCAAGCCGACAUUCACCUAGGCUUUUUACAGGUCCACCACCACUACACAAUUUGUUUCUGUGUCAAGGACACUCUAGGAAGCGAUGUGUGUUAUGAUGAGAGGGAGAAUCUGCAUGUUGACAUCCAAAGAGUCGCACCAACUGCUGAUGGUAAUGGACAUGAAUUGGAGCUGAAUUUUAAUGCCCACCGAGAGAAGUUACUGAAUGAAGUCAUUCAUAUUCAAAGCAAGGACAAGGAGCAGAGUCUGAAAUUAGUUCUUCAUGCCAGAGUGCUAGGUAAAGGAAAGGGAACUCCUGCAUUAAAGGAUGGCAUCAAGUGCUUCAAGGUCGACAGCGAUGAGGACUCUGACACACACAGUGACUGGCAGGGCUUCUGAACCAGGCACUCAACCAUCAGCAAUCUCUAGUUUACGUUUAGCUCAGGUUAAAUCUGAUUGUUAGAAUAUGUCCUACUGUUUCAAGUUGAUCAGAAAAUAUUUUAUCUAGAAAUGUAAUGGAAAGUAUACAACCCUGUAAACAGUGUCAACUUUUACCCACCUAAUGAAUUUUUUUUAUUAAGUUUGAAAUAUUAUGUUUGAAAAGUUUCAAUUUUUAAAAAAAACCAACUUGUUUUUCUUUAGUGUGUUUAUAAGACUAAGACAAUUGUUCGACUAAACUUUUUCCAAAUUCUACUGAUUUUCAAGGCCAGGUAUUUCCCAUAUUCCAAUCAGUAUCUCUGGACAGGUCUUCCAAAUAUUCCCUUUCUAAACAGCUACUUUUGAGUUCCUUUCUGACAUAGUUAAAAGUGCCUAUAUGAAAAGGAGAGACAAAUCUAUUAUUACUAGAGUAAAUUAAUCCGAAGUCGGAUCACGAAUUGUCUGGGCGUCUCAUUAGAUCUGAUGAUCCGCGCUUGUCAACAGGACAUGAUUCAAUUCUUUCUUCGGAUGAAAUUACUGAAGUCAUGAUAAAUUUAUUAUAUACCUGCAUUAUAUUUAGAAUUAAUUUCUAAGUAUCAAAAAGACAAAAACACAGUGAACAUAUUUUUGUGUAUGUAGUCUUGCCAGUGAUGCUAUCGAUCACUUGCCAAAAAAACGUGCAUAAUACAUUAAUUAUGAUGUUAUGAAUCUCCGAGGAUGGAGAGAUUAAUUCAGAAAAUUACGGCAGUGAAAUCAACACACAAUAGGUGUAUGAUAAAAGUAUUUACAUUGAUUUUCUGUGUUGUAUUUAAUACAAAAUGUUAACUAUGCAUGCUACAUUUGAUGUAGUCUGAUGAUAAAAUAAAGGAGAUUUAUUUUGUAGAGUGACUUAAUCUACAAAAACGUAAAAACAUAAGGUCAAUUUUUAAAAACUAAUGGAUAUAUUAAUGUAUGGAUAUGGUGUAUGUAUAUUGUGUAAAUGUAUUUUAGAAUUAGAGAAUCCAGAAGAUUUUGAUAUUGUUGAUGAGCUGUUUGGAGCAAACAGGGCCGUUAGGUGUUAUCGUGCUAAAGUAGGAACUACAGAGAACAAUCCCUCAAAAUAUUAGCGCAAUGUUGAUUGUCGUUAGAUAUUACAGUCAAUUGAAGAUGACAACAAACUAGUGAUUGGUAAACAUGACAUCAAGUAUGCAAAAAAAAAAGGUUUUGCUUGUUUUCAUUAUGUUUAAAAUAUUGGUGGAUAAGAUUCUUUUUUGUUAGGGAUGGCUCAAAUUUACCACUAUAUACACUGUGUAUGAGAAGGUAUCUCAACUUCCUGGAUGUGCACAUUAUUAUGUUUAUCUAGACAGGAAGAAGGAAAUGUGUUUUACAAUAUGUACCUCCAUGUUAUAUAAUAUACAGAUUUGUUAUGUAUUAAUGUAUAACGUUUUUAUCUGUUCAUAUUUUUAAAAGUAAUUACAUUUUACCAAAAAUACGGGGAUAUUUCUCUUGAUAACAUUAUUCAAUACAGAAUUGUUAAUUGUAAUACUGGAAUCAGAUUGUCCACCCGUAUACGUCCCCAUGGGAUGAGGAUGAUUACACACACACACACACACACACACACACACACCCAUCAAUGUUGGGGUCAGAAGGUCAAGCAAACUGAGCAGUGAUAUAGGAAAACAGAUUAAGGGCCUUGAAUUAUUUCAUUUUUUAUUUGAAUUGCCAAAAUUCACGCACAGACUCAACAUGGGAUGAAGAAGACCUCUGUGGACUUCAAGGUAGAAGGUCAUGCAAGGUGGACUCCGAGAUAGUAAGAUAGUCUCUGUGUCAGAGUGGUUUCCCCUUUCACCUGAGUUUACAAUGCGUACUGUAGCUGUCAAAGAAGUGCAACACUUCUUCAACAUCCACUUACCUUAAUCUAUGCCCUAUUUCAGUUGUGCUCAGUGUAUCAGUGCAACUAGGAAAAUUCUAGUUCUUCAUGUGGUUCUUACAUGUAUGUAUUAAGUUUGUUGCUCUGAUGUUUGAAAACUGCAUUUCUCAGGACAUCUUGGGUCUUCUUUUUUUUUCAGAUUUCACCGAAAAAUGUAUUGUCUAAAAGCCUAGUGUUUUAUUAUGGCUUAAUCAGAUUUGGAUUUGAAAUACAGAUUUGUGAAUAUAUGAUGUUAUACAUAAAACCCAAAUCUUAUUUUUUUAAUGCAGCAUUGCAUAGCAACCAAUUCAGAUUUGUUUGCUUUCUGUUAGAACGUGCAAAGAAUCUUUUUAGUUAUUUUGACAAAUCUAACAUAAAAAUAGACAACUUGAUCAAAAUGUCAGUUGUUCAAUAACAAAAAAUAUUUUCUAUCUUGGAUCUAUGUGAUACCACCUCUGAAGGGAGAUUCUUGUCUGAAUUUGGUUUCAUUGUAAAAAUCAAACUUGACUUCUUUAUUUUGAGAUAUGUUGUGUAUUUGCUUUCUAUUGUUAAACUGGUGAUGACUAUUUAGUACUUAAUGAAUCGUUGGAGAAUUUCUGUUACAGUAGUACAUGAUUAUCACACACCUGAAUUGACAAGUGCAAGCACCUACCUGAUUGUACAAUGUACUGAUAAGUGAAUGUUUACAAUGGCUUUGAUGGAGUUAUAUCUAUCAGUUCCUGUCAUUUAAUUAAUGUAUGUUUAUAGUGUAUAUUUCUUAUAAAAGUUCUACAAACUACUGGUAGCUGUUAAAAAAUACUGAUACUUGUAAAGGUUAAUUCAGAAGUCAAGGUCAUUCUAGAAGAUGCAAGGUGGAGUCAUAAAUGAACUUCUGUUGAACACGUGUGAAGAUAUUUCCUCAACAGGGUGGGUUUUUUUCACAUUCUAUUGGAUUUUGAAUAUAGAAUAUAGAAUCAUAUUUAACAAUUUUGGGAACAAUCACUGGUUUUAAAACACACAAUCAAUUUGUCUUGUUCUUACUUUAUGUUUAUGAAUCAUUGACAGUUUGGCAACAGAUAAUUUGGUGCUCACAGUUUUUUAUUAACUAGCUGUGAAAUGAUCCUGAACUAUCAAGGAUAUGAUAUUUAAUGGUUAAAAACUGUGCCAUCUUUUUAUCAAUACUUAUUUAUAUAAAUAAUCAUAGUAAAGAAUGAAGGUUUUGGAUGAGACCAUUAAUAUUUAGGAUAUAUAUUAAUCCCUUAUAGUCAGAGUGGAUUAUGUUGUGUGUCAAAUGUUGAGCUAUGGAGUGCUGCUUUAUAUGACUGUUGGUCCAGAUUUUUUUUUUAUUUUCAUUGUCUAUAUAUAUUUUUUUCUUUAUUGGUUUGAUCAGCAUGCAAUAUAAUGCAUGUUUUUGCUGGAUUUUUCCCCCUAUUAUUUUUAUUGCAGAAAUUAUUUUUUAUAUUGAUUUACAUUUUCCCCCCUGUGAAUUCCAGUUUAGUUUAGAACAGUAGAUGCUGUACUACAAUCUGUCCUACAUUAGUCAAUGUGUAAUCUCGAAACGUUAUAAUUACCUUUUUGUCUGUUGAACUAGAUGGCUAUUCGAUCCCCUUGUACUCACCUGUGUUAAGUAGAUCCUUUUGUUAUGCUAGCUAACAAGGACAAAAUCUAAAUUUAGGAUAGACAAACUCGGUCACUGGAUAAAAUCCAAAGCCUAGCUAUUUUUUGAUAUUUCCGAGUAUAAAUUAUUUAAUACAUACAUGUAAAUUUAUUAUGUAUCAUAUAUAAUAUUGGUUUAAUAUUAAAUAAAAAAGAAUCAUAGUGAAAGCAAAACAACCCAUGAUUAGAUGGAAGCAAAAACUAAUUACUACCUGUUUUUUAUAGUUUUUGAUAAUUCAUAAAAUGCUGAUCAAUAUAUGUACAUGUACUCAGUAUUAUGGUUAUUGAGGUGUGAACAAGUUUUGUAUUGUAAUUGAUAUGUAGUUUAUCAGACGUUUGUUUACAUAUCUAGAACUGAUUAAAAUUGUACGCAAGGAAAAAA